AUGCCACAGGAGCUCUGCACAAAAUGUGAAAAUUUCAAAGAGGAAGUCCGGAUUGCGUUGAUUGGAAAAUACGUACAAAUUAAAGAUGCUUAUGCAUCAGUGAACAAAGCGCUUCGGCAUGCUGCGGUUCAGGCCAAAAGGAACCUUGUGAUCGAGUAUGUCCAGUCGGAGCAUCUCGAAGAAACACAAGACCCUUUGCGGCUGCCCGAUUAUAAUCGCGCUUGGCAAGCGGUUAAAAAAGCCGAUGGGAUAUUAGUGCCUGGUGGAUUUGGCGGACGUGGUACUGAAGGGAAAAUUGCGGCCUGCAAGUACGCGCGAGAGAACAAAAUCCCAUUUUUAGGAAUUUGUCUUGGCAUGCAAUGCGCCGCAAUAGAGUUUGCGCGAAAUGUCUGUCAUAUAGAACGCGCCAAUUCAACAGAAUUCGAUAAGGCCCUUGUCGGUAAGCAACAGGUUGUGAUCGAUAUGCCGGAGCACAGAGGCGAGGAUAAGGGCAUGGGCGGCACAAUGCGACUUGGACUAAGGGACACUAUUUUUCUGACGAAAGGAAGCGUACUAUAUCAGCUAUACGGUGCAAAGAAGAAAAUCAGUGAACGACACCGUCAUCGUUAUGAAGUUAAUCCUGAAAUUGUGCCGACACUAAUGCAUAAUGGUCUUAUGUUUGUCGGUAGUCUGGGAAUAGAUCAUGAGGGAGCAGUUAAAACCGAUGAAAAGGAAGGAAGCUGCUCGCCCACGGUGUCGGCCAGCUUUCCUGAAAUUGAUGUUUCCUCACCAAAGAUAUACGGUAUUCAGGAUUCACUUUUCUACGACAUAACGAAUCUAGCGAACGCAAUUACGUCACAUUUAAGUAAGAGAUUCGAUAAAUUGUCUCGUUAUUAUCUAAAGUUCUUGGAAUUGCAGUCCGAUCUGUGUUUGGAAAUUGAGCAGCUGUGCAAACGUCAUCCUUAUUUCGUUGGUGUUCAGUUUCAUCCAGAAUAUUUGUCUCACCCGUUACAGCCAAGCCCUCCCUUUUUUGGUCUGAUUGCUGCCGCUUCUGGACAGUUGGAGAAUUUUCUUCGCGGUUGGAAAAUGCCAACGUCGAUGAAUGUUUUAAAACCGGCUGAAGAUAAUAUUACUGAUAAUACAAGUGUAGUGCAGGCAACUCACACAACUGUUAACAAGGGAUGCGAAAUGCUCGACGAAAAUAUUGCUGAAUUCGAGCAGAAGUUAGACAUAUGA